GUAGAGCGUUCGUAGACUCUCUUGUCAGGAAGGAAAAAACAAGUUUUUAGGACUGUAUUGAAUAUCCCUGAAUAUUUUUUCUACAUAUAAUUUUUGAUGUGAGAUACUAAAUUUUCUUUAGCGAUAAAUGAUAUCUAUCCUUUACAUCUAGUUUUACGUAUGAAAAGGUUCCAUGAAUUGCAAAGUUGUCAAUUAUAAAUUUUAAAUCUCAGCAGGCUGUGGAGAAAGUGGAAAAUGCCUCUUUAUGGAUUACUCUUGGUUGCUCUUCUUGUGGCGGAAGCGGUCGCUGGAGCCACGCUUCGAAGACUGCCUCCCUUCCGACUCAGCCUUGGAGGAGGAACCACCGUCGCCAUAGACGGAUGGGGCUUCAGCAAGAACCAGUUCAACCACUUCAACGCGACCCUGGGGAACCGAGUGGUCUUCGAGAACAAGGACGAGGCGAUCGAGUGCCCCGUGCUCUCCUUCCUGACCACUUCGACGAGGAUCGUGUGCAGCGCCGGGAAACCCCUGAGAGCGACUUCAAACACAGAAUACAAGGUUCGCGUCUACGUGGACGGUGUUCAGGCGUCGGGGGAACUCACUGCUCUGGGGAACGCGGCCUCCUGCUCGAGCUGUGGGAAGGCCAGUUCGCGCCGGACCUGAGCGACCGCCGCCGCCUGAGCGCCCUCACGCCGCAGACGGACGGUUACUCCUCCUCCGUCGUCACUGACCUCCACUUCCAGAUCGACGCCAAGAAGAGCUUCGUGGCCAAAUUGACAGGUUACUUCCACGCUCCACACGAUGGCUCGUUCACGCUGGCGGCUUACGUGCCCACUCGCUAUGGCACAACCUGGCUUGCUUGCCUGGCUGCGGAUGGCGACCCGGACAAGGCGGUGCCACUACCAAAGUGGGGAAGCGUGGAACUGAGAGCAGACACGCCGGCUUACCUGGAGGUGGUGAUAAGCGGCCGCAGAGCAGGCGUCCGGCCCACGAAGGUGCUGAUGACGGACCACAAAAGGCAGGGACAACGUGCAGACACCUGGCCCCGAAAGAGCGGCAGAGCCAGCCCCGGCCCCGGGUGA